AUGAGACUAUAUUUGAUAGAAAAGCCUAGAACGUUUGUUAUUACUACAAAUACUCAUGCAUUGAUCAUUCGACAUCCUUCGCCGACAUAUAAACAUUAUGGCCUAAAGGGUUUAGUGAGUGGACACAGCAAAGACAAAGAUCAAAACAAAGAUACAAAAGUUUUAGUCGAGUUUGUUUUAAAAGAAUAUCUAGAUUUGAGCUUGUAUAGAGACAUCACUCCAAAAUAUGGUGGAUUACUAGGGUUAUUGGGACUACUAAAUGUCAAGGGGAAAACAUUUAUUGGCUUUAUAACUCGAGACGAGUGGACAGCAUCUGCAACGGUUACCGACAGAAUUUAUAAAAUCACUGAUACAGAAUUUUAUUGCAUUAACAAUGACGAGUACGAUUAUUUACUCGAUAAAGAAUAUGAAAGUAUGAGCCACCAAGAACGGGAGCGAUUGCGAUAUCCUGCAGCAUCUGUGCAACGAUUAUUGUCGAGUGGUGCAUUUUAUUAUUCUAAGCAGUUUGAUAUGACUUCGAAUCUUCAAGAACGUGGAUUUGUCAGCAGUGAUUAUAAAUUGAUAGCAGAUUCUUCUUAUUUCAAGUCGUUUAUGUGGAACGGAUUCAUGACCGAGGAGUUGAUAGAAACUAGGAAGAGAAUGUCUUCUGCUGAACAAAAGAUUAUAGACAAAUCGGGGCUUCUCAUUAUUGUCGUGAGAGGCUAUGCUAAAACUGUCAACACUACUGUUGGUGGGAAUGAAGCCUUGAUGACUUUGAUAUCAAAGCAGAGUUGUGCAAAAGAGGGACCACUUUUUGGAGAUUGGGGCAGUGAUGGUGAUGGCUAUGUUUCUAAUUAUUUGGAAUCGGAAAUAAUUAUCUAUACUAAAAAAUUCUGUUUGUCUUAUGUUAUCGUUAGAGGGAAUGUGCCUAUGUAUUGGGAAUUGGAAAACAAUUUUUCAACGAAAACUAUACUAGCAUCCAACGGGAAGCAAAUUGCUUUCCCUCGUUCUUUUGAAGCUUCGCAAGAAGCACUUGUUCGACAUUUCGAUAGGCUUUCAUCUCAAUACGGAGACAUUCAUGUUCUUAAUGCAUUGUCGGAUAAAUCUUACAAGGGCGUGUUAAACUCUGCCUAUGAGGAACAACUCAAGUACUUUUUACAGAACAAAGAUUCUCCUGAUACCGGGUAUAAAGUGUUAUAUACCCGUAUUCCUGUUGCAUCUUCUAGAAUUAAAAAAAUUGGUUAUUCAGGACAAAAUCCAUAUGAUAUAGUGUCGCUACUUUCGAACUCAAUAAUAGAUUUUGGUGCUUCAUUUUAUGACAGCGAGCCAAAUUCUUUUAUUGGUAAACAGUUGGGGGUAUUUCGAAUCAAUUCUUUUGAUAGUCUUAACAAGGCCAAUUUUCUUAGUAAGAUAAUUAGUCAAGAAGUUAUAGAUUUGGCUUUUAGAGACAUUGGGUUGGAAUUGGAUCGAGAGCUAUACAUAAAACAUGCUCAGUUAUGGGAAGAAAAUGAUUUAUGGAUAUCUAAAUUAACAUUGAAUUUUGCCUCAACAAGUGAUAAGCUACAUACCUCACAUAAUUCAAUCAAGUCUUCCUUUGUCAAGUCACAUAUAACGAAAAAGUAUUUUGGGGGUGUUGUUGAGUCUAAACCGAAUGAAAUUGCUAUGCUCAAAUUAUUGGGUCGAUUGCAAGACCAAUCUCCUGUUACUAUGUUUAAUCCAAUCCAUAAUUAUGUUAACAAGGAGUUGAACAAGCGUGCCAAGGAUUUUACAUCAAAAUUAGAUUUAUCAGUUUAUGCAUCGACAUUCAAUGUAAAUGGAUCAGUUUAUGAAGGUGAUAUUGAAAAGUGGAUAUACCCUGAGGAAAACGAUUAUGAUUUGAUUUUUAUUGGACUACAAGAAAUUGUGGUGCUCAACGCAGGACAAAUGGUGAAUACCGAUUUCAGAAACAAAACUCAAUGGGAAAGAAAGAUUUUGAGCGUAUUGCAAAAACGGAACAAAUAUAUGGUAAUGUGGAGUGGCCAACUAGGAGGGGUUGCCUUGUAUUUUUUCGUGAAGGAAUCACAGGUGAAGUAUGUUUCCACUGUUGAAUGCUCUUUCAAAAAAACCGGCCUUGGUGGGGUAUCAGCAAAUAAAGGGGGCAUAGCCGUGAGUUUUAAGUUUUCUGAUACUACUAUCUGUUUUGUGUCAGCUCAUCUUGCAGCAGGGUUAAGCAACAUUGAGGAGAGACAUCAAAACUAUAAAUCAUUAAUUAAAGGAAUUCAGUUUUCGAAAAAUCGACAUAUUCAAAAUCAUGAUGCUGUUAUUUGGUUGGGUGAUUUCAAUUACAGAAUUGAUUUGACUAAUGACCAAGUGAAACCGAUGAUUUUACAAAAAUUGUAUGCCAAAAUCUUUGAAUUUGAUCAAUUGAAUAAGCAAAUGGCAAGUGGUGAAAGUUUCCCAUUUUUCUCAGAACAAGAAAUCAACUUCCCGCCAACUUAUAAAUUUGAUAAAGGUACCAAAGUUUACGAUACAAGUGAAAAGCAAAGAAUCCCAGCAUGGACAGAUCGUAUAUUAUAUCUUUCACGACAGAAUCUUAUAAAACCAUUACUGUACAAUUCUUGUCAAAACUUGACGUUUUCUGAUCAUCGACCAGUUUAUGCUACAUUCAAGAUUACAGUUAAAAUAAUAAACCACACGAUUAAAAAGAAUCUAUCUGACGAAAUAUAUAAAAGCUACAAAGACAAUCAUAAUGGUAUAUUUGAUAUUUUAGUGAAGUCAUUUGAUAAUAAAGAAUUAAAUGAAGAAAAAGACGCUAGUUUACCCCCGCCAAGUUCUGAUAAACAAAAAUGGUGGUUAGAAGGGGGUAAAGCUGCAAAAAUUAUAAUUCCAGGUCUUGAAGAUGAUAAUAUGGUAAUGAAUCCAUGGCGACCAAUUAAUCCAUUUGAAAAAAGUAACGAGCCUGAAUUUGUUUCUAAAAAUGAUUUAGAAGCGAUUCAAAAUUGA